AUGGGGAUCGAUCUGUUGUAUCUCGUACCGUUGGUGAUGAUCCUUUACGCCCUCUACUGCUACAUCACAAAGGAUAAUAAAUACUUCCACGAUAAGCCGAUACCUUCCAUGGCAGUGGAGCCUCUGUUUGGAAGCUCCGGUCGGUUGAUGAAGAAAAAGACCUCGUUCCAUGAAUGGAUCGUCGAAAUCUACAACAAGUAUCCGCUGGUGAAAGUCUUUGGGAUGCACGAUCUUACAACCCCCAUUUUCGUCGUUCGCGAUCCGGAGCUGAUCAAGCGCAUUGGCGUCAAGGAUUUCGAUUACUUCGUCAACCACCGACAGGUAUUCGGUAAUACCGAAAACAGCAACCCUCAAGCCCUGUUUGGUAGAACGCUUCUUGCGCUGAAAGAUCAAAAAUGGCGUGAUAUGAGGGCCACCCUUAGUCCUGCUUUUACCGGAAGUAAGAUGCGGCAGAUGUUCGAACUGGUUGGUCAAUGUUGUGAGAAUAUGGUGAAGUUUUAUAAGGACGAAAUGCGCACUAAAGGUGGCCCACAGGAAUACGAGAUGAAAGAUAUGUUUACGCGAUACGCCAAUGACGUAAUUGCUACGUGUGCGUUCGGGAUUCAGGUUGAUAGCUUACGUAAUGCCGAAAACAAUUUUUACAUGAUGGCCAAGAAGAUGAUGAUGUUGCAGCGACCGAUCGUUAUGGUGAAACUGAUCUGUUUCCGGCUGGUGCCGAAGCUGAUGGCCUGGUUAGGUCUUGAUCUAUUCGAUCGCGAACAGAACAGCUUCUUUAUGCAGAUCAUCCGGGAGACGGUGCAAACGAGAGACGCCCAAGGUAUAGUCCGACCGGACAUGGUGAACCUUUUGAUGCAGGCCCGCAAGGGAGCCUUGAAACAUCAGAAGGAAGGUAAAGAUGAGGAUGAAGUCAAAGGAUUCGCCACCGUCGAGGAAUCGGAAGUGGGCCAAGUUCAAGUUGGUAAAGGAUUGGAGAUGUCAGAGACGGAGAUGGUGGCCCAAUGUCUCAUCUUUUUCCUCGCUGGAUUCGAUACCGUUUCCACCUGUUUGACAUUCCUGGCGUACGAGUUGACUCUAAAUCGUGAUGUGCAGGAUAAGCUGUACGAGGAGAUACGCGAAACAAAAGUCUCCCUCGGAGGUGGUCCACUGACCUACGAUGCCGUGCAAAAGAUGCAAUACAUGGACAUGGUCAUCUCAGAAGCCCUACGUAUGUGGGCACCGGCUCCUUCUACCGAUCGGGAGUGCGUGCGGGACUACGUGGUAGAUGAUGGGGAGCGCUUACGGUUCACCAUCGACAAGGGAACCUGUGUGUUCAUUCCCAUCGCCGGCCUUCAUCACGAUCCACAAUAUUUCCCGAACCCGGAAAAGUUUGAUCCGGAGCGUUUCAGUCCGGAAAAUCGCGAUAAAAUUAAUCCUAGCACGUACCUUCCAUUCGGAAUCGGACCGAGAAAUUGUAUUGGAUCUCGCUUUGCCCUCAUGGAGGUUAAAGCGAUCAUCUACUACAUGCUGAUGGAUUUCACGUUCGAGAAAACAUCAAACACUCAGGUGCCACUACAGUUGGCCAAAGGUUUUGCAGGGAUGCGCAGUGAGAAGGGAGUGCAUGUAGAACUGCGGCCACGAAAACAUUAA